AUGUCGCCGUUUAACGAGACUUCAGAUGAUUCUCCAAUCGAGUUCCCUAUUGAGUCAUUCUGCGACUCGACAACGGCUGCUACCACAGCAAGUGGCAGCACCAUCAUGCCGGCCCUACCUCCGUUGCUGGCUGGACCUUCGGGCUUCACUCCCGCGAUGCGUCUGCUCGGCGGGUCAGACCCGAGUGGUCUCAACUGGUCCUCGGAAGAUUUUUUUGGCAGACUUGGCGGGUCUUGUCUGGUUCAGAACCCGAACGCGCCGCGGAAAGAGCCGGAAAAAAGGAUGGGAAAGGUGGCGGGGAAGGCUGCGAAUCAUAAUGCGUCGCGAGAAAUUAAUUCUGGGACUGCCGUCCCGGGUGCUCCAACGAACCUCAAGAGCCCGCGGAAAGGCGGCGCUCUCAAAGACGGUCAGCCGGUGCAAAGCGCGCCGAGUCUUGCAGCCCUGACGACACCUGCUACGACUCGUGCGACGCGUGCGGCAGCUGCGACUGAUCGUCGGCGACGAGCGGUGAGCGUUGGAGGCGACCUCGACGGCGACCUGGGCCGUGCUGUCGCCUGCGACGUCGCAAUGUCGCCUCUCUUUCGUCUCGGUGCCGCUACCACCACGAACAGACCUUCAACUUGCCGCGUACCUACAAGCAGCAGUCAUACCAGUGCUACUCGUACUACUGUCUACUAUUCUCACGCUACUAUGAGCCGCGAUACUACCAGUAGGUCUGGUGGUGCGUCUCCUGCUGCCGCUAUCUCCCCGCCUCCUUCCUCGAGCUUUCCUGCGACUUCCGUGUUCCUCCCGGCCUUGCUGCGACUGGGAGUCGAUCUGAGCGACGACCCCGACGACAGGGAGCAGGUCGUCGCACAGGGGCUCGCCCACGACCAGGCGAAGGCGGCGCAGGGCCGCAGGCACCGUCGCACGGGGAGCCUGGAUACGAUGCUGCUGGCGAAACCGGGGGUCGCAAGCGGGAAAGGCGUGAGUUCCGUCAAGUCAAUUGGGGAUGGUAGUACUACGACCACUCGUCGUACUACUGGUAACAGUGGCACCAUUACUGCUCGUAGCGCGGCGGCGAUUGAGGCGGGCAGCAUGGCAGGAGGCUCUAAGAAGGACGACGCGAUACCAGUGGAAGCCACGUCUUUCUCAGCCACGUCGGUUUCAGAGGAAAGAGACACCAGCAGCAGCAGCAGUAGCAGCAGCCGCCGUGACCCCACAGGCUUUAAGAGCUUUCAGUCCGUUCCCACAACCGCUCAGCCUGCCGCUGGCUCACCAAAGCCAGUAGUCUUCGGUUCUGCGCGGUUCAGUGAGUCCUCCGGCCUCAAGGGCUUUAAGCCUGCGUUCCUGCGACUCGGGGACGAUCUGGGCGACGACCCAGACGACUGGGAUUGGCUCGCAGGCGGGCAGCACCAGACGUGGAGCAAUCCUGGCGGUCCGUUGAGGAGAGAUGCUUGCAGAGAUGAUGACAGCAGUGUCGCUCCUGCCGGCCCCUUCGGCUGUCUUGCCCCCGCCAUCGCUGCCCCCACUACCACCGCCGCCGCCGCCACCGUGCCUGCUCUUCCACCGCCAUCCUUAACACCCGUUGCUGGUCCGGUUGCUGGUAGUAGCAGUGGCCACUACGAGGGCCAGCAGCAGCGUCAGGGGCAGGGGCAGCAGCGGCGGCGGCAGCAGCAGCGCCGCCGAACGCACUCGUGCGACGGCAGCUUGCAGCACGCCAUGGCACCGUUGUUUGAGGCGCGUCAAAAGUCGUUCUUGCAGCACCCCACGGCGCCAUCGGUAACCUUCUCAGGCACUGCAGGCUCUGAAACUCUUGGGGCGCCGGAAGUUUCUUUUCUGGGAAGUUUUGGGCAGGGGCGCGUGGAGCAGGGGUGA